AUGGAAGUGGGCUUCCGCUGUGAAUUUCCGGUGGCUGAGCAGCCAGCUCUGCUCGCCGUGACGCUGAGGAUCUGUGCGACAAUGUCGGCUGCCUGUGGCAUGCGUGCAGGGGCAGCAAAGGCGAUAAGAUUCGAGGGCAAAAGAGGCAAAGAAGUGCUCCCUGCCAGGCUCGAACUGGCGACCGAUCCUCUCACGUCGUCGUGUACAAGAUGUUCUGCGUGUCCGGAAGUCCACAGACACGCCCACAACGUGGUUUCGGCGCUCAGCUUGCUGAUUCACUUACGUUUGAGUCGAGCCAAGGCGGCCGAAAUCGGAGCGCGCCUCCCCGACUCGAACCCGAGCCAACGAGAGAACCGAUGGUAA